AUGGCAACUCCCUCGGAGUCAACGUUCCCUCCUAGCCCUGAGUUUAGCUCAAUCGAGCGGAUUAGGGACCACCUCAGGGUUAUGCGAAAGUUCAAGGGAAUCCUAGAGGACACGCAGAACCCAUCUUCAAAUGACUCCUUCUAUCCUGCGUCCCCAGACAAUGGUUCCAGUCCAGAAAUGCAAGCCAGAUGGAGGCUGCAAUGUCUUUUAAUGAGCGCCGAGAUUCGAUACUCGAUGUACUUGCAGUUCUUAGAAAAAUGGGUGACUGCCAAUAGUGGUGCAUCAAAGGAUCAGUGGCCACUCCCACCAUGGGACGUGGCCAUUAUUUUCUACGCUCAUCUUCUCUCACCUUUCAACUUUCAGCGGGACAUUGAAUCAAAUUUCCCAAAGAUCUGGGCAGCAGAGGUUGAAUUUCCACUAUCAAGGAUGGCCUCAACCAACGCAGACGAGGCAAGCAAACGCGCCUGGGGAGAAGAGUACCCCAGUAUCCCAUACGAUACCAUCGCUUUCAAUGCUGAUGGCAACCAAACAUUCAUUACUGCAAAGAAUAAUAUGAACAUACAACGCUACACAUGCCGCUCAAGGAGUUGCCAAAAGAGGAAGGUUUAUGUGAUCCCCAUGGCAGAUUGGGCCAAAUAUAGAGUCGGAAGAAACAGCCUACAGUGUCCAGGUUGUAGGACGAGCUUCACCAGAUACUCCCAGUACGUGCACGACAGAGUACUGCGAUCUUCCCGCGUGGAGUUUGGCUUCCCAGUUUUCAAUCUAUGGGAGAGCCCACAGCGGCAAUUUUGCAAACAAGGGUUCGCCGACCGCGUUUUAGCUCUAGAUGAGGCUUAUAUCCUGGCCCCAGAUACCGUCACCCGCUACCUCCGGUUCCUACAGCUCAUGAAGGAGAACCAGUCCAUACUCGUGCCGACACUCGACAUCGAUCUCUUUUGGCACACACACCAGCUCUCACCUGCAGCCUACCACACAUACUGCAAGACGCACAUAGGCCAACGCAUUAAUCACGAUGACACUAUCCGCACCGGGGCGCGUUCUACAGCACAAGACCAGACAGCCCAUCUGUGGGCCAUGAAAUACAACGAAUCAUACUUUGAUCCGGAGAGCAAAGCAGCGAAGGACGAGAUCCAACGGCAAAAGAAGGCAUCUAAGCAAAAGGUGCGAGAGAAUGCAAAGGAGCUCGCGGCGUUCGACAAAACUCACCUGCAUGUGAAAGAUGCAUUUGACAGAGCAAACAACCGCAUGACACAGGAUGAAGCUAAAUUGCGAAAGAUGAGGGGCGUGGCGCGUGUUGUGCAAUCGGAGAUUACGGCCGAGGAGGAGGCAAAGGAAGCUGUCAAGCCAGCGAUACGAUUGUUUAAAAUGCGUCAUUACCGCGGACUAUCGCGACUACAAGUGCAACGACACGAGGCUACGGGCCGUCGGUUGAAAGAGGACUUGGCCCGCAAGCAGCGUGAGAUUGAGACUCUCGAUAAUGCUAUCUGGGAUUCAACACUUCCGGAACAAGAACGAUGCACUGCGGAGUGGGAAGCCGUGGAGGAGAGACGGCGUCGCUUGGAAACGACACUCAAGGGGAAUCUGGAUCGAGCGACAUUGGCUAUUGGACAGCCCAAAGACCCGAAGGACCGGUAUAACGGAUCAUGGCGUUCGAUCGUGCCUUCAGAAGUGCAGUGCAGUGUUUUUCCCGUCAUGAGCUACACGUCCGCGCCUACUAGAAGCACUGGGGGCGGAUAUGGAGGAGCUGCAGGAUCUACAGGAGGAGGUACAAGCGGAGGUGUAGGCGGCCUCGGUUUCGGUUUCGGCUUUGGGGUUGGCUUUGGUGGUUUUGGAUGCGGCUCAGGCUGCGGAGGCGGGUGCGGUGGUGGAUGUGGUGGAGGUUGUGGUGGUGGUUGCGGCGGCGGUGGUGGUUGUGGAGGUGGAGGAGGCGGUGGAUGCGGAGGAGGAGGAGGAUGUGGUGGUGGUGGAUGUGGUGGUGGAGGAGGUUGA